AUGAAGUUCGGGAAGAGCAUCUGCGUGCUGAACGUCGGGGGGACCCGCUACGCCUUCACCCGCGACGUGAUCCGGGAUUUCCCACUCCGGCGCGUCAGCCGCCUCCACGCCUGCGCCUCGGAGAAGGAGGUCCUGGAGCUGUGCGACGACUACGACCGGGACCGCAACGAGUUCUUCUUCGACCGCCACGCUCAGGCGUUCGUGUUGAUCAUGCUGUACGUGCGCUCCGGCAAACUGCGCUUCCUGCCCGGCGUGUGCGAGCUCUCCUUCUACUCGGAGAUGCUCUACUGGGGGCUGGAGAGCGCGCACCUGGACUCCUGCUGCCAGAAGCGCCUGGACGACAGGCUCUCCGAGGUCGGGCUGGACGGGCUCUCCGAGGAGGACGCGGGGGUCUCCGGGGAGGAGGCGGGCGCAGAGGCCGUGCAGGCGCGGGCGGCGCUCACCGGGCGCGCCAAGUGGAUGGAGAGGACGCGGAGGGCGUUCGAGGAGCCCAGCUCGUCCGUCGGGGCGCAGCUGCUGGCUUCGGUGUCCGUCAUCUUCGUCAUCGUGUCCAUGGUCAUGCUGUGCGCCAGUACUCUGCCGGACUGGGACACGGCCAAGAGGAACACCGUGGAGGAGCACCGGAUAGUGGAGGCCGUGUGCAUCGGCUGGUUCACGGCGGAGUGCACCGUGCGCUUCCUGGUGGCGCGGAACAAGUGGGACUUCCUCCGCCGGCCGCUCAACAUCAUCGACGUGAUCGCCAUCACCCCGUACUACGUCACCAUGGCGAUGGCCCGGGCGGGGAUGCCGGGCGCCGGGCUGGGAGUGGCGGGCGUCAUCCUGCGCGUGCUUCGGAUGAUGCGGGUCUUCUGGCUGAUGAAGCUGGCCCGCCACUUCCUGGGCCUGCAGACGCUGGGGCUGACGCUGCGGCGCUGCUACCGGGAGAUGGUGAUGCUGAUGGUGUUUGUCUUCGUCGCCAUGGCGAUAUACAGCGCCCUGGCGCAGCUGCUGGAGCACGGCCUGGAUUUGGGCAUGCAGAACCAGGAUUUCGCCAGCAUCCCGGCCGCCGCCUGGUGGGUCAUCAUCUCCAUGACGACGGUGGGGUACGGGGACGUGUACCCGGUGACCGUCGGGGGGCGGGUCCUGGGGGGGAUGUGCGUGGUGAGCGGCAUCGUCCUGCUCGCCCUGCCCAUCACCUUCAUCUACCACAGCUUUGUACAAUGCUACAAUGAACUCAGACUGCGCUCGGCCAGAUACGCUCGCAGCGUCUCCACGGAAAUCCUGCAGUGAGCCUUUUAUCCACUUCCUGGACGUUUGCCCCGCCCUUUUCCUCUUUUCUAAUCUGCCAUACUUGGACAGAGGUGUUAGAAACACACAAAUCAUUAUUUAUUCAUCCCUGGCAGGCGGUGUCAAUCUGCUCCUCCCUGCACGCUUUGUUUACCCUUCAUCUUCUUGUGUUUGCCCAGCCUUCGGCUGACCUAGAUCUGCUGCGUAUAGAUGGACGCAAUGCCGCCUGAGGCAUGGCGUGUCGAGGGGGAGAGAGAGAGGGUGUGUCAGGUUCAAACACUGAUGACAUCUAUUAAACAAGACAAGAAGCAAGGAAUUAAACAGAGACAGAAUUCCAAUUAGCUCAAUUGAGGAGAAACGCGUAGGCACUGUACCCUUGUACAGCGUCGUCCCACGCUCUGACGAAAGGUUGUACGCAACCUCUUAUAUUUGGACUUUCCCUGAUUACAUAGCAACAGCUGUUUCCAAGGGAGGGGGGUCGUAAACAGCCGUCGCCUUUGGUUACGAAACAGUCCAAAGAAAAGGUGCCUGGAGGGAGGUCAGGUCCUGCUUCCUCCUCGCUUUGUAGAUCUCGGGUCAGGACAAAAUCUUCCUGUGGAUUACAAUACAUCAAAGAAACCGACACCCUCAUGUCGCUCCCCAUCCUACACAGUGGAGUUUUACAAGCCUUUUGAUUGGUAGGAUCAAAGACAGCUUUUGUCUGCUCGCCGGGAACUCGUUGAAACACAAAGUUUUGUGAUAACUUAGAAACAAUUAUUCUGACAAGGGGACUUUAUCAUGAAUAAAUAAAUGUUAUCAGAUUCUCAAUAGUAUUUAAAUUCAUGGGGGGGCGUGAGAGGCAGUGCGACUUGAUCAAAAAUUAAUAAUCGUUAUCAGAUUGUCAAUACUAUUUAUAUUCCGGGGUGUGAGAGGCAUUGGGGGCUCUAUCUUAAAUAAUGAAUGUUAUCAGAUUCUUGAUAUUAUUUAAGUUUGUGGGGGGGCGUGAGAGACAGUGUGACUUGAUCAAAAAUAAACGUUAUUAGAUUGUCAAUACUAUUUAUAUUUGGGGGUUGUGAGAGGCAUGAGGAAUUUAUCAUAUAUAAAUAAAUUUUCUUAUAUUUUCAAUAGUAUUUAAAUUCAGGGGGCGUGAGAGCCAGGGCGACUUUAUCAUAAGUAAAUUAACUGUAUCAGAUUCUUAAUAGUAUUUAAAUUCAUGGGGGACGUGAGAGGCAGGGCAACUUUAUCAAAAAUAAAUAAACGUGAUCAGAUUGUCAAUACUAUUUAUAUUUGGGGGUUGUGAGAGGCAUAAGGAAUAUAUCAUAAAAAAAUAAAUGUUCUUAUAUUCUCAAUAGCAUUUAAUUUCAGGGGGCGUGAGAGGCAGUGUGACUUGAUCAAAAAUAAAUAAACGUUAUCAGAUUGUCAAUACUAUUUAUAUUUGGGGGUUGUGAGAGGCAUGAGGGAUUUAUCAUAAAUAAAUAAAUGUUCUUAUAUUCUCAAUAGUAUUUAAAUUCAGAGGGUGUGAGAGCCAGGGCGACUUUAUCAUAAGUAAAUGAAUGUUAUCAGAUUCUUAAUAGUAUUUAAAUUCAUGGGGGGGCAUGAGAGGCAGUGCGACUUGUUAAAAAAUAAAUUAACGUGAUCAGAUUGUCAAUACUAUUUAUAUUUG